AAACAAAGCAGGUCUCCGUCGGAGAUGUGAGAGCAACAGGCAGGGGGCUUCUGACCGAGGCACUGAAGCAUCGCCUCCUUGGCGGGGAAUUCCCAGCCUGGCCCCCUUCUUCGCCCUCCCUGAGCCUGGCCCCGUGCAGCAGCGGACGCAAGUUCCGCCUCUCGUGCUUUCGUUUUCGGGGGAAAGGGAGCAGCACAACGCAGUCACCCAGCCAAAUGAUGUCGCGUCCGCCUUGAAGGGAAGAAGGCUCUCCCGGCCGCAGCGCACUCGGGGGCUGAGAGGAAGCAGACGAGAGAGCGCCGCUUCCAGAUGCAGAAGUAAUACCAGCACUUGACCAUCCAUAGGGUGUGUCUUUAAGCUAUGAUGUCACUUUUCAUUGGGUCACCGUCUUUCUGCAAAUUUGCAUACAUCAGUAUUAUGACUUCUGGUUUGUUCAGCUUAUUUGAAACAUCGAUGGCACUACAGAACUUGAAAAUGAAUGCACAGGAUUUUCACUACAUUUUAUCAUGGGAAGCUGGAAAUAAUACAGAGACGCCAACAUACUACCGCGUGGGAUAUACAAACAAAGGCCCCGUUUGUCAGACAAGUCCAAAGAUACAACAAUCAAAAUCAAGUCAGAAAGACCAAGUAAAAAGUGCUUCAUUAGACAAGUCCAGUUCAGAAUGGAAGAUGGUUGAGGAAUGCUCCAAUAUAACACGUUUGUUCUGCAACCUGACAGAGGAGUUAGAUUUCUGCAGUUUGUAUAUAAUACUAGUUCAACCGUCCACCAGAAAUGGAACAAAUGAGACAUUAUUGUUCACUCCCUACGGCGAUACAUGCAUAACACCUCAAUUCAAUAUUUCUGCUUGUUCAAACUGCAUAAAUGUGACAGUGAAACUUUCAUCCUCACUACUUAAAUUAUACCAAGAACUUGAUUAUACAGUAUCAGUGGCAACAACAAAUUUCCUGGAAAAACGCAUUCGUAAUUCAACCAAAAUUGAUAGUUUCUACGAAGUUCUUGAAAAUAUGAGUCUGAAUACAAAUUAUUGCAUCUCUGUUGAUGUGACUUCAUCUGCUUCAGUUGGACAGUGUACUCAAUCUCCCCCAAAAUGCAUUACCAUUGGCUCCAAGGAUAAAUCAGGUCAUGUUACAUUUCCAGCUUUAGGUGGCGUAAUUAUAUCACUGGGAGUGGCACUUGUUCUGCUUCUUCUAUAUAUGGCAGGGGGGUUUUGCCUAAAGGAACAAUGGCCAGAAGUGUUGGAAAUCACAACUCAGUUAGACUAUUCAUUGUUUGAAUCAUGUCCAGAAGAAGUGAACACCAUCCAGGUUUUCCAGAAACGUAAAAAAAAAGUGUGGGAAUGCAUUGAUGAUGAUGAUGAAGAUGACGAUGAUGAAGAUGAUGGUAGUGAAGGUGAUGUUGGAUAUACUAAGCACCGUCUCUUGAGCAAGAUUUCAAAGUCCUGCUCCAAUGGAGACAACAUACAGCUGUCAACAGAUUGUUCAUCCACUAAAAGUGACUGUCAAAUAAUUGAGCCUUUAGAUGCUGAAGUAGACAACCUGCCAUAUGAUAAUAAAGAAGAAACCACAACAUGUCAAGUACUUUGCAUUGCUUCUGAAACGAACGCCACUUCCAUACCUGAGCCAGAAAACAGUGACUGUUUAAAUGUAAAUUUAAGUACUGUGACGUUAGGAAUACCUACAAAAACCUGGGUUGCCUCUGCAACACUAACCCCCUACCAAGAGGAUGCAGCAGACAUACAAGAGCCAUGCAUUUCUGAAACAUCUGAACCAAAACAUUUCACUGACACAACAGAUAUGCAGAGCUCCAGUGUUCAUAACCUCUCCUGUGCAUGGCAAAACUCUAAUGGAUCCGGACAAAGUGAGUCAUCCGAUUCAGAAACAGACUGUGUUGGUGACUACAUGAGAAGAUGAGUUACCACUCAUUCUGUACAAUGUGACAAUUUAUUCCUAUGUUAAAGAAUGUCUGAGUAGCAUAUGCUUUCUUCCAUUACUAUUCAAGUAGGCAUGAAAAUGCAGUGCUGUUCUGAAUGCAUCAAUAGAAGGCCAGUUUUCAGGGUGGUUCUGUGGACCACAGACUGGUGUACUGGACCAAGUAUAACUGCAUACCAAUAACCCUUCAGGUUUUAAAACCUAUCAAGGUUGGAUCUCUGCCACUUCUAGUACAGUUCAUCAUAAAAUGUUUUUAAACAACCUGAAGCACUUUGGAAUUGCUUUAGAAUGGUAUCUCUUUUCUGUACCCAGUUACAGCCAGAAAAUGUUUCCUAUCCUAUUGCUUAUCUCUACCUCAUUUUAUUCUGGAAGAGUGGAGUACUCAGUGUGACAUCACCUCUACUGUAUGUGAACUAGCCAAGGUAAAUGCACUUCAGUGCUCCUAGACUCGAGUCAAACCUAUGUCUAUUUUUUUUUCCUUCAGUCUGAUUGUCUGUCUGAUUGCCUUAUAUUGCUGGCAGCCUUCAAAUUACUUCUUUGGCAUCCUUUUGUGACAAAGUCUCUGGUGAAAUAGUUGGAGAAGAAGCUAAAAUUAGAUGAGUGUGAGCUCUUUUCUGCCCGUAACCGUGGAAUAAUCAGUUUCUCGUUCUAGAGAAACAAUGAUCUGGAAUUUUAGCAAUAUUUUUUGAGUCCAUUUUUUUUUUUACACACAGAAAUAACACUUGAUCAAUGCUGUGUCCAUCUGCUACACUUGUUUGGUCCUAGAAGCAUAUUACACCUAUUAUAUGAGAGCUAUUUUGUUUAUGGGAUAACUACACAUUACAUACAAACUGGCAUAACUGAGCCCCAAUACUAUUUUUAAAAAUGUAAAGCUACUUCAGAAACGGGAUUACUUUUUUUUUUUUUGGUUGCCUGUCAUUUUCCAUUGCCCCUUAAUGAGAUUCCAAAAACUUGUCUAAUUUUUCAUUUAAAAAACAACAUAAGGGCUUCUGUAAAUGUAUUUGCAUGUAAUGUGAAGUUAGUUCCUAAGAGUACCAUUUGAGAGAGCCACCACUUUUUACAAUAGCAUUCUUACGGCUUCUAUGUCUGCUUUAAUUGUACAAACUGGAGUAACACAGUUUGUAGAGCCAUUAGGACUGCCAAAUAAGAUUUCUCUAAGCCUUAUAUAUUGUUUCUAGAAUGGUACACACACAUUUCUACAUUUCGAUGCUCCCAUUGGUACAGCCAGCAAUGACAUGUUUGUGAAGCAUUGUAAAAAAAAAAUUUCCCACCCCACCUGCAACAGGUGAAAGACUAGCUUAAACUAGUCAUCCUAGUAGUAUUGCUGAUUAGUGCUCUGUUGUUGAAUUUAUUGUGGGGAAGUGACUUCAUUGUAGGUGAAGUCACCUCCUUGCACCAUUCUAUGUGAUUUCUGAAUAGACACUGCAAGAACAAUUGCCCACUUCCUUGGGAAUAAGGCAGGAAGGUUUCCAGCCUGCCACUGGGAAUGGCAGACUGGAGCUUCCCAAUCAAAACAAGAAAUCUUCCUGUACUGUCAACAUAUUUUCAAUAGUGGAACUAAGGAUAAAUGAUGUUUGUGAGCAGUGAGGAUUCUCACUGCUCAGUAUUUUUGGUUUUUUACAUUUUUAUCAACUGUACAGAAUUUUGUACUCUUUAAAACACAAUAAAUGUAUGAACUACUCACUCA